GGGAGAGAACUAUAAGUAAACAAUACAGUUCUCUCCUCUGACAGCUGCUGCACACUGCUAUGUCAUUACUCCUGCAUAGAGCCAUGCAAAGCAGUGUGCUUACAGUGAAGCACAGACACACAGCACACAGUAAAACAGCACAAAGUUAAUCCUUUGAUCACCCCACAUGUUAACCCCUUCCUACCCAGUGCCGUUAGUACAGUGUCAGUGCUUUUUAUUGGCACUGAUCACUGUAUGGUGUCACUGGGGAUGUCAAUUGCACCAAAACAGUUCCCCCCAGUGUCAGAAGAAUGCCCACCGCAGUACCGCAGUCCCGCUAUAUAGUGCUGAUCACCUAGUAAAAAUAAAAAAU